AUGAACAUCGAUUCAUUCGAACAACUUACAACCCGAAUCGGACGUUUACGAUUAAGAAGACCUGAAUCAAUUCCGGCUUUGACAAUCUUCGUCGCUUACGCGCCUGCAUCAAUCUAUGACGAAAAAGAAGUCGAAGCGUUCUAUAUGGACUUGGAGAAGUUCAACAGAGAAGACCAUACAUUCUUUAAGGUCGUCAUUGGAGAUUUCAACGCCACGAUUCGACCAAGAAGAACGUCUCAGGAACGUCACACUGGGACCCACGGAUUAGAAUGGAACGAGCAGGGUGAACGGCUGUCUGAGUUUAUCACGGCGACCAAGACGAUCCAUGGUAACUCGCAAUUUUAG